AUGCCUCAAUUCCUAAUCACCCUUGUCUUUGCAGGUGUGGCGGUAGCUAGCUACGCAUCCAACAUUAACUAUCGAAGUCCCUCUCACAAUCAUCCCGGCCUCGGUGUCUCAAUUCACAAGGUUAACAAGCGAAACAAUGGUUCUUCUCCAUACCCUGGAGCCUUGAACUUCACUCAUGGUGUCGCUUCUGGAGACCCAUUCCCCAACUCGGUCAUCAUUUGGACAAGAUGCGCACCAAUCCAAGAUGAUGUCAACGACAACUCAACUGUCUCGGAUUAUGUACCCUUGUAUAACCCAGUUCCGAUAUACAGCGAAAGCGAGAUUGCUCCUCCGUCCACCGCUCCCGUUUGUGUCAGCUACAAGGUUGCAUCCGAUAAUGCCUUUGCAAAAGUUGUGGAUUCUGGCCUGGCGUAUACUACGUCCGAUGUGGAUUAUACCCUUAAGAUCGAAGCCCAGAAUCUCAGCCCGUACACUCGGUAUUAUUAUCAAUUCAGUGUCUGCAAUUCCAAUGUUACCAGCCCAGUUGGACGUACGAAGACAACACCUGCACCCACUGACCUAGUGACCAAGAUCGGUCUGGCUGUGUACUCAUGCUCGAACUUUCCCUUUGGCUUUUUCAAUGCCUUUGGCAAUCCAGCUCGCAAGGACUCCGUGGACUACGUGAUACAUCUCGGGGACUACAUAUACGAGUACAAGAACGGUGACUACGGCUGGGGACAGAGUAUUGGACGUAUUCCGCUCCCAGAUCGGACGAUCUUCACGCUUUAUGACUACCGGAAGCGAAUAGCUACAUACAGGACCGACCUUGAUCUUCUUCUUAGUCAUCAAGCUUUCCCCUGGAUUCCGGUUUGGGACGAUCAUGAGGUCGCUGACAACACUUACCGCGAUGGCUCUUCAGAGUUGAAUAACACGGAGGCCUCGUUCAUCGGGGAUGGUGGAGUUAGUGUUGACCAGCGAAAGAUGAACGCUGUUCGAGCUUACUUCGAGUGGAUGCCUAUUCGGCAAGUUGAGAUGGACGACAAUUUGCGGAUUUGGAGAAGCUUUUCUAUCGGCACACUGCUUGACCUUAUCAUCCUGGAUACUCGACACUAUGAUCGAUCCAUCACCGAUCUGUACUGGAAUACACAUUACGUCCACCAGAUCUCUGACGACGCAGGCCGCUCGAUGAUGGGCAGUCGCCAGGAAAAUUGGUUCUACAGCCAGCUCAAGUCUUCUGCCCAAAGGGCUGCAACUUGGAGAGUAAUUGGAUCGCAAACCGUUUUCUCCCGGAUCAAUGAAUCCAUUGCAUAUGGAAAUGUAGAUCCACUUGAUUAUGAUGCAUGGGAUGGUUACCAAGCAAAUCGAAACAGAACAUUUCAGACUCUGUACGACAAUAAGAUUGGCAACAACAUCGUCAUCUCUGGCGAUUCUCAUGCGAAUUGGGCCACCGACCUCAUCUGGCUCGAUGAGCACCCGUACGAUCCCACGACAGGGAACGGCAGCAUCGGAGUUGAAUUCGCUGGGACAGCAGUCUCAUCGCCAUCUCCUUAUGGCCAAAACAUUACCCUAGCCGCAGCCAAUAAUGCGAGCAGUUAUCUAGUCCAAUACAACCGCGAGCUGCAAUGGUCGGAGCUUUACUAUCGCGGCUACUUUGAGCUUCAAAUCAGCCACGAGUCGGUGAAGGCGAAUUACUUCGGGAUGCCAACCAUUGUCAACCGAAACCCCGAUGAAAUCAGCCUGGCCAACUUCACAGUGCUGAGUGGGGCCAACGCCUUACAGAGGGAUCCAAGUCCUGGUGGUGGAAUUGUAGAGAAUGGUGCGUUGAAGAUGGGCAAGACCGUGCAGACCAAUUCCACCAACAAUACUGCGACCGGGAUGUAUUACAUCUCCAAUGAUCCGGUAGAAGACUUGUGA